AUGAUGAUGCUCGUCAACUGCUCCGGCUGCCGCACGCCGCUGCAGUUGCCUCACGGCGCGCCCUGCAUCCGCUGCUCCAUCUGCGGCGCCGUCACCAACGUCGCCGCGCCACCCGCGCCUGGCCCCGUCGUCGAUCCCGCCCGGGGCGCGCAGGCCACGGCGCCGGCGUGGGGCCCGCCUCCCCCGGCCGCGCACGGGCGGAAGCGCGCCGUGAUCUGCGGGAUCUCGUACCGCUUCUCCCGCCACGAGCUCAAGGGCUGCAUCAACGACGCCAAGUGCAUGCGCCACCUCCUCACCACCCGCUUCAGGUUCCCCGACGACUCCAUCAUCAUGCUCACCGAAGAACAAACCGACCCUUACAAAAUCCCAACAAAGCAUAACAUAAGGAUGGCCAUGUAUUGGCUUUUACAAGGUUGUCAACCUGGAGACUCAUUGGUGUUCCAUUAUUCUGGCCAUGGGGCACAACAAAGAAGCUACAGUGGAGAUGAAGUUGAUGGGAUGGAUGAAACCCUCUGCCCGUUGGAUUUUGAGACACAGGGAAUGAUUGUGGAUGACGAGAUAAAUGCUGCGCUUGUUAGACCACUUCCCCAUGGAGCUAAACUUCAUGCACUCAUAGAUGCUUGCCACAGUGGGACUGCACUUGAUUUGCCGUUUCUCUGCAGAAUGAGCAGAACUGGGCAAUACGUAUGGGAAGAUCACAGACCGCGAUCUGGUGUCUGGAAAGGAACUAGUGGCGGGGAAGCUAUUUCAUUUAGCGGCUGUGAUGAUAAUCAGACAUCAGCGGAUACUUCAGCCUUGUCAAAGAUCACUUCGACUGGCGCAAUGACAUUUUGCUUCAUCCAAGCUAUUGAACAAGGCCAGGCCACCACAUAUGGGAGUAUCCUGAACUCCAUGCGUUCGACAAUACGGAACACGGGAAGUGGUGCCUCAAUGGCUGGAGGUGGUGCAGUUACAUCACUCAUUUCAAUGCUUCUCACAGGGGGAAGCGCUAGUACUGGUGGAUUGAGACAGGUAACUUCUUGGGGUUGGCAUAUGCAUCUCAGAAUAUCCUUAUUGGAACCACAGCUAACUGCAUGUGACACAUUUGAUGUGUAUGCGAAACCAUUUUCACUAUGA